AGUGUUAAUAACAUUGUGCAUGUGUUGACUCACCUUGAGCGGAAUAUGCAUUUUUUGUAAGGCGAGUUUUGAAUUGACAUUGAAAAGGUGAGAGGGUGAUCGUAGUUGAAAAUUGGAAGAUGGUGAAUCGUCGACGCCUGACUCGGGUGGCGACGAGCGAUGACGAAGACGAAGCACCACGCCCACAGCCCACGCGCAAGAGGAUGAGGCUUCUCGAGGAAGAUAACGAUGACGAGAAUGAAGAGGAAGAAAAGGAAGAGGUACCGGAACCGCCUCAACCCUUGGAGGACGCUAAGCCUAUUGGCGAGCCUGUUAGGGUUUCAGGAAAAGGAAGAGGCAGGAAAAGGCACUAUGACUCCUUCGAGUUCGAUGGCAUGCAAUAUACUCUCGAGGAUCCUGUUCUUCUUGUACCCGAGGACAAAGGCCAAAAGCCAUAUGUUGCAAUUAUUAAGGACAUUACACAGUCUAUCAGUGGCAACGUGAAAGUAACGGGACAAUGGUUUUAUCGCCCAGAAGAAGCUGAGAAAAAAGGUGGUGGAAACUGGCAAUCGUGUGAUACGAGGGAGCUAUUUUAUAGUUUUCAUCGUGAUGAUGUUCCUGCGGAGUCUGUAAUGCAUAAGUGUGUGGUGCAUUUUGUUCCCAGACACAAACAGCUUCCAAAACGUAAGGAUCACCCUGGUUUUAUUGUCCAGAAGGUGUAUGACACUGUGGAAAGAAAACUCUGGAGGCUGAGUGAUAAAGAUUAUGAGGAUAUUAAGCAGCAAGAAAUUGAUGUGCUUGUUCAAAAGACUCUGGAACGUAUUGGUGAACUUCUUGACAUUGAGCCUAAGGAGGAAGCCCCUGAUUAUGACGAGGACCAGAUAAAACAUAAAAGAAGCUUGAUCAGAAAAAGUGUUUCACCUCCCAAUGCUUCAAAGGAAGAGGAGGAAACACCCAGGAGUGAACAACAUCCAAAAUCAGAAACACCAGUGAAUUGUGUAACAAAUAAUGCCUCAGAGUAUUAUGGCAUAUUGGUAGAAUUCAACGCGCUAACUGGAGAUAGCCAUCGUGACAAAUGGUUGGAGAGGUUGCUUCAACGCAUUCAGUACAUGUGUGAUUGUAAAGAUAGCAAAGAAAGUGACAAAGGAUUGGGAAAUGGCAAUUCUGAUGAAAUCAACGGUGGAAGCAAGCAUAUAAGUUCAGAAUCACUAAAUGACUGUCAAGAUAAGUUUCAGAAGAAUUCCAAGUCUUUUAUCUGGCCAGAUGCUGCUGUUUCAGCCAUUGUUUCUCUCGAAAAGGCUUCACAUGACGCUCUCUCAUCAGAUUUUAUGAAGUACAACCAAAAGUUGCGGCAAUUAGCUUUUAAUCUGCAGAAAAAUGCAGUGUUAGCAUGCCGUUUAUUAAACGGAGAGUUGGAACCUUCAAAAAUAUUAAACAUGACACCCAUUGAAUUAAAGGAGGGUUUGGUUGCUGACCAAAAAAUCAAGGAGAAACCUGACGAGACCCAACAUUUGCAAAUGACAGAUGGUCGCUGCUCAAAAUGCAUGGAAUGUAAGGUGGGCUUGAGAGAGAUUAUCCAUGCUGGAAAUAAUGAACGAUAUCAGUUGGAAUGCGUUUCCUGCGGUCAUUCCUGGUAUGCCUCUAGAGACGAGGUGUCUAUGCCUAUAAUAGAUUCAUCUGAUUCAAAAAGAAACAUAGGCACAGCGCCGUAGCCUGUCGCAUAAUUUAAAGAUGUUCAGAUGAGGCUGGUGAGGCCCUGCGAUUUCAAAGGCAGCCAAUGAAAUCUCUUACAAAACAAGUUAAUCGUAUAUCUCCAGAAAUUAUUUUUCUAGUUAGUCGUGCGAAGAUGACUGUAAACAUGUAUGUAUCUUGUACAGUGUUGAGUCACAUCAUAGGAAAAGAUUCUUUAUGAAUAGAUUUAGUUCUCCUCCUAUUCCAUG